AGAAUGUUAUCGUCAACAUAUAUCUCUUUGUAAUAAACUCCAUUUCUUGAUUUGCUCAAUUUUCAGCAUCAAAUUCAAUCACAAGAAACAAAACAAAAAAUCCAUCUCUCCCUCCCUUUAACCCACAAAUUCCAAUUGCAACAGCAAAUUAAAACUAGGGUUUCAACAGAGUUCUUGUUCAAUCAACUAUGGUGGAAAAAAGGAAACCUUUAGUUCUUUCUUCCACUAAAAAUCUACUAAAUUCACUCUUAAAUUCAGAAAAUAAAACCCAGAUUCGAUUUUCGCCAAAAGUACAAUUGAGAGCUGGAGUUCUUAAAAUAUCAAAAGACGACAUUGUUAAUCUUGAUGAUUCUGCUUUGGUUGGGAUAACUACUUCUCAACUUAGAAGACUUUGUAUUACUUCUGGUUCAUUGGUACUCAUAAAAAAUGUCAAUACAAGUCAACAAAGAAUUGGACAAGUGGUAGUUCUAGAUCCUCCUAGUCGUGACCAAGUUUUAUCCGACCGUAGUUCAUCACCGCCACAGUCCUCCGGGACAGCAUUUCUCUUGCCAUUACAUAGCUAUCCUGAUUCUCAUAUAAAACCAGAUGGAGAAGUUGCCUAUUUAUCUCCGAUUCUAGCAUUUAACCUUUAUUUACAUUUGUCAUGCUUGAAAUCAAUGAUUCACCAAGGGAAAGAAGCUUUGUCACCACUAUUUGAGGCGAAAUCAAAUAAUAUAGUGAGUGGAAAAGACAAUGUUCCCAUGACUCUAGAAUUUGAACCUUUAGAUCAGUUGCCAAAAUAUGCCACACACCUGAGGGCUUCUUUUGUGAAGAUACCAGAAUGUGGGAGUCUAGGGUCAGUUAAAAAAGAUUCAUCUAUAGAAGCUGAAGACCGUCAAGAGUUGAUCGAUAUGGAAUUGAAUAAGUACUUUGAAGUAGAUAGAUUUCUUUCGAGAGGUGAUCUUUUCAGUGUAUGCAUAAAUUGGAAUUGCAAAUCGGCUCUCUGCAUCCCUUGCAGUCAAAAGAAGCAAAGUGGUGGUUCUGACCUCAUCUAUUUCAAGGUUGUGGCCAUGGAACCUUCCGAAGAACCUGUCCUAAGAGUCAACCGUACUCGAACGGCCCUUGUACUUGGAGGGAAUGUACCUUCUGCUGUUCCUCCAGAUUUCUUAAUUCCUCGACCACGAGGUUCUCUGCCUUUACAAGUGAGCACUGUGAAGACGUUAGCCUCCAUACUUAUGCCACCAUUAUGUCCAUCAGCCCUUUCAUCAAAAUUUCGGGUUGCUGUGUUGUUGUAUGGUUCGCCCGGUUGCGGGAAGAGAACUGUGGUUAAAUUUGUUGCUCGUCAAUUAGGCCUUCAUGUGGUGGAAUAUAACUGUCAAAGUGUAUUUGCAAAUUCUGAUAGAAAAACAUCAGUUGCCCUAGCUGAAGCUUUUGGCAUGGCUCGCAGAUACUCGCCUGCAAUCCUUCUUCUUCGCCAUUUUGAGGUCUUCAAGAACCUGGUCUCUCACGAGGGUUCACCACAUGACCAAGUUGGUAUGAACUUAGAGGUUGCAUCCGUCAUAAUGGAAUUUACUGAGCCAGUUGCUGAAGAUGAAGAAUCCUACUCAGAGGGAAAGUCAAAUGCUCAUGAUCAAGUAAAGGUUGCUCAACCUGUAAAUCGGCACCCAGUGCUGUUAGUUGCUGCUGCUGAUAGUUCUGAAGGCCUUCCACCAACUAUUAGGCGUUGUUUCAGUCACGAGAUUAGCGUGGGUCCGUUGAGUGAAGAACAGAGGAAUGAAAUGCUCUCCCAGUCUCUUCAACAUUUCAGUGAACUACUUCCAGAUACUUCUUUGGAGGACCUUGUGAAAGAUUUGGUUGGUCAGACAUCAGGUUUCAUGCCAAGAGAUCUGCGAGCUUUAGUUGCUGAUGCCGGUGCAAAUCUAGUCCUUAGUCGUGGUAGUGAGGAAGUCGAGGUUGAGAAUGGAAGUCUGAAAGAGCUUUCUCAUAAGAGCAAACCAAUCGAGAAUAAUGGCUCGCAUGACUCGACAAAGUCCCUAAGCAAAGAAGAUGUAAUGAAAUCACUGGAACGAUCAAAGAAAAGAAAUGCAUCAGCACUGGGUACUCCAAAGGUUCCAAAUGUCAAAUGGGAAGAUGUCGGUGGUCUUGAAGAUGUGAAGAAAUCAAUUUUGGACACUGUACAGCUGCCUCUCUUACACAAGGACUUGUUUUCGUCUGGAUUGCGCAAGCGAUCUGGUGUUCUUUUCUAUGGCCCACCUGGUACAGGAAAAACUUUACUGGCAAAAGCUGUUGCUACCGAAUGCUCCCUGAAUUUUCUCAGUGUGAAAGGGCCCGAGUUGAUAAACAUGUACAUAGGAGAGUCAGAGAAAAAUAUUCGGGACAUUUUUCAGAAGGCUAGAUCAGCUCGACCAUGCGUCAUCUUCUUCGAUGAGCUUGAUUCUCUUGCUCCUGCCCGGGGUGCUUCUGGAGACUCCGGCGGUGUAAUGGAUCGAGUGGUUUCUCAGAUGCUUGCAGAGAUUGAUGGCUUGAACGACUCUACCCAGGACUUGUUUAUUAUUGGAGCUAGCAAUAGGCCUGAUCUUAUUGAUCCUGCCCUUUUGAGGCCAGGCCGAUUUGAUAAGCUCCUUUAUGUUGGUGUGAAUUCUGAAGCCUCUUAUAGGGAGAGGGUCCUUAAAGCGCUUACACGGAAGUUUAAAUUGAAAGAAGAUGUAUCUCUACUCUCAAUAGCAAAAAGGUGUCCUCCAAACUUCACGGGUGCUGACAUGUAUGCACUCUGCGCUGAUGCUUGGUUUCAUGCUGCGAAACGCAAGGUAUUAGCUGCCAGUUCAGAUUCAACUGGCUCAGAUGAUGUGGAUGACUCAAUUGUCGUGGAAUACGAUGAUUUUCUAAAGGUCUUGGGAGAGAUCUCUCCCUCACUGUCAAUGGCCGAGCUUCAAAAGUAUGAGUUGCUCCGUGAUCAGUUUGAAGGAUCAUCAAGAUGACAGAGAGCCGAGAGGGGUUGCUCGCAAUCUGCCUCCUACCGGCCCAAAAUCUUCGGCCGUUCUUUCUAAAUGGGGAUGCCCGAUGCACCUCAUCUUCUCAUUUCGUUGUUGCUCAUUCUUGUUAGGCUGAAGUAUUUGGCCUUUCCACUCCGUGCCCCCGCUUGGGCUUCCUCCAUCCGAGAAUUCGAGUCAUGCUAAAAGUAAGAAAGGAACCACUGUUGAAUCUCCGGAUGAAAGAUUAAAAAAAAAGAGAAAGGAAAAGGAUAGUCAAGAUAGAUUACACUUGGUGGUGGCAUUUUUCAUUUUGGAUGAGGGUGCAAUCCAGUUUCCAUUUGAGUUAUAGUUGAAAUAGUUGUCAUUCUGCUUGUGUUAGUGACAGUUCAGUUGCUUUUGGCUUGUGGAAUUUGUCUAGAAUAAACUCCAUCCAUAUUCACUUCAAAGUUUUUGAUUUAGCAAUCAAGGGCUGUAUAUUUGUAUAUUGUUAUUCACUUCAGUCUUUUUGUAUUUAAGUAGAAAUUUUACCGGCA